CCAAGCAAAACACAGUAUUACGAAAAAAAAUAAGAUUUUUAAAAAAGUUUUAAUUUAAAUUAUGUAUCACAGAGGUUGAAGAAUCGAUUGAGUCCUGACAACUGCUGUAAUUUCACGCAGCAGCGGCAGCGGCAAUGGAAGUCGGGCAGUGAGACACAUGCCUCAGCAGUCUGUGAGCCGAAAACAUUUACCCUGAGGCCGAGAGAAGACACAUAACCAAAAUGUCUCGGCACAGAAAUGUUCGAGGUUACAACUACGAUGAAGACUUUGACGACGAUGACGUGUAUGGACACUCUGUGGAUGAUGACUACUGCUGCAUAUCACCAGCAACAGCGAAUCAGUUCAUCUACUCACGUCAAGAGAGGCAAGCACCAAGGGAAGAGCCUUUAGAAGAGGAAGAAUAUGAAGAUGAUGUUCCCAUGUCCCCGACCGUCAGCCACGACCUCGACCCUCUUGAUCAAGCCAAGCUGUAUUCCUGCCUGGACCAUAUGCGCACUGUGCUCGGAGAUGCAGUGCCAGAUUCAGUCCUGACCCAGGCAGCCAUAAGAUGCGGAUUCGACCCACAGAAGGCCCUGGAUGCAGUCCUGUCUGAAGACGCUAAGACGGCCCCAGUUACCAGAAGCACCAAUGAAGAGAUGGCUCCGGUAGCAAGAGUGGGUCAGGAGAAAGAGCCGCUCCCACAAAGAAUAAGACCAGAGGCAGAGAAAGGAGCCAGCCUGUCUGCUUCUCACACAGACACUACAUCCAGUGCACAUAAACCCCAGGCUGAUUGGUGCAAACACACACGCCCGCAUGUGCAAGCAAGUGCACCAAACUUGCGCGACCUCUUAUCACAACAUCAGGCUGACCCCGUAGUUAGCAGCUCUGAAAAUGUAAAGAACGGUGCUUGUGUUAGCAGCGGUGCCAGUCUGGCACAGCUCAUGUCUGAGCACGGGCAGAAGAGUAAGGUGACGGGAGGAGUUGACGUAGGACGAGGUUUGUGUGUGCCCUCAUUAAGUGCUCUCACCAUAGGAUCUCAUUCACCUCCGUCCAUUCUGUCCAAUCAGAGUAGUCUUUCACUUGGAACGCUGGCGUCUUUAAACAUGACUUCAACAUCUCCCGGCUCAGCCCCCACCCUCCUCUCAGUUUCACUCAGUAGUCUGUCGCUAAACAACCCCAAGAUGACAACUGUAACCUCCUCUCUGGCUGCUCCUCCCGGGUUUGGGAGUCUCAGUUCUGUCGUCUUGAGCAAUCAGCGCCCAGUGGGAGUUGCGACUGGAGGCAAAGCCACAAUGGCUGAUCCUAAGGGAAGCCCAUCACUGGCUGAUUUAAUCCAGGAACAUUCAAACCGCAGCCCAACCAUCAGUAACUCCUUUCCUACUCCCCAAAGCAGCAUAACUUCUGUGACGUGUCAGGGGAUGGCGGCACCAGCACAAACAUUCUCGCUGUCUGCUCUCGCUUCACAGCACCAAAACAGGAAUAUGCACAUUCAGUCUCAAUCACAGAGCACUGGACAACCAGCAAACACACUCAAGUUUCCUCAACCAACCAACAGUGCUCCUGCAUGCCUAGGUGGGACUGUGUCACUUUCUCAGCUAGCCCUGCAGCAUCAAACCAACAGCUCCUUCACUUCCCCUCAACCCGUGAGUGCAGAAUCUCCAGCAAGUGCACUGAAGCAACCACCUGGCAUCUCUGAGCUGCUCUCUGUGUCACAUUUGGCAUCUGAACACAAAGACAAAACCUCAACCACCUCAAAUGGGUCACAGUACUCCCUCACCUCGCUCCUUUCACCAGCAAAACCAGAGAGGGCUGGUGUGUUAGCACAGGGUGCUACAGAGGGUGGGACCAAGCGUAUGCUCAACCACAAACCAUACCACCAAAACAUCAGGCCAUCCAAGCAGAAGCAGACUAUUGAUUUGAGCGCACUCAUGGCCCAGUCGGAUGGAGCAGCCCCUCGUCACUUUGACAACGACCUUUCCUCACCAUCCUCUCCAACUUCUGAUUCCAUGGGGCUGGAUUCUUCGGUGUUUGCACAGCCGUCAGUUUUUGCAAUUACUCUGUCAGUUCCGAGCCGCAAACAUCAGAAACGGGUGAGAAACAUUUUGAAGAGAACAGUAAGGGAUAAGAGGACAGGAAAUGGUUACCAGGACUUCCUGUGGACAUCGGAGGACAAAUCUGAAGCGCAGCAUACCCCGCUCUCACCAAUUGCGCCGUUCUGCUUCGACACGCCCUCACCUGAUGACAUCGUCCGUGCUAAUCAGCGAAAAGCUUUCACCAGGUAGACAAGAGGAAACUUAAAGGAACACUUCACCGUCCAAAUGAUAAGCUUUGUACCAGUUAUUUACCCUGUAUUAGGCUGAAUUUGUGAAGAAAACUUCGGCAUCGGGGUCCGCAUUUUACAACAGCGAAACUAUAUCAAAACAUCUGUUUAAAAACUCUCACACAGCUUGUAAAGUAUAAUCUACAACUUAUUUUCCAGUGGUAUGCUCAGUACUAUGCAAACAGACAGCCCUUUCUGACACGGAACUGAACGGAAAGUGAAACUUAAUCUAAACUCUCUUCAAAGCCGGACUCCAUUGACAAAAAUGGUAAUUUUACUUUGCUAAACAUGAGAGCUGCUGGUCUACCACUGCCUCGGUCAGCUAGUUAUUUAGCGUUAUUGUGUGGCUUUGGUGUUUCAAAGGGUUAGUUCGGACACAAUGACACAAAUGACACAAACAAAAUACUGAUCAAGACAGCGGUAGACCAGAAGCUGUUGUGUGCAGCGAAGUAAAAUUACUGUUUGGAGUCUGGCAUGAAGAGAGUAUAGAUUAAGUUUCACUUUUACUUCAGUUCCCCAUAAGAAAGGGCUGUCUGUUUGGGAAGUACUGAGCAUACGACUGGAUGAGUGAAACUUGGAUUGUACGGCACGAGUUGUGUGAGAGUUUGCAAACAGAUCUUGAUAUAGUUUUGUUGCUGCUAAACACGGACCACUAUGACUUCAAUUCAUUGAGAAAUUUUCUACACUUUUGGAGACUUUGUUCCUUAGAGGCAUGCAGGAGAUUAAACAGAACACAGGCUGAGUAACUGAUAUUCAAAUGGUCAUUUGGGGGGUUGAAGUAUUCCCUUAUCUCAGCAGCGCUCAGGUUGGUGCUAAACUGGCUCACUUUGGACGGGAACCUCAGAUCUUUUGGGUGGCCUUUGCUCCACCAACUGAACUGAACUCAAAGAGAUGCAGCCCUCAGGGUCAACAGUCUUUUUAAUUAUGCCCCACAAUCAAUCAUGGAGAGAAAAUAAACUUUUGGGACCAACAGUACAAGAGAAUGACACACUGAUAACUGCUUAAACAAACUGCUAGAAACAGUAUUACCACAUUAUGCACUUCUUUUUUUAUAAAGGCAAGCAAACAAGUCUCAUUUUGCUACUACACACAGAACAAUGUUUAAGUCAAACAGUAUAAACUGCUCAGUCUCUCUGGCAGCUUGGAAAUAAUCGCAGCUAAGUUUCAAAGGACUGUAUGUAUUUUAAGAACUUGUAGAAUAGUUUUUUCUCAUUUACUGUGUUCAAUAUUUUUUCUACAUUUUAAAUUUGAGUCUUAUUUUCUACACUUUGAUGGCCAUUUGGCUUUUUAAUUGACGUUCUUUUUGUAUGAGACUGAAGUAGUGUAAUCUUAGCCAGGGAAAACUCAAAGCAUAUCUCUUUCUGCACGGCCUCUUUUUUUUUGUGAGUUUUUGAUCUGCAUGAACCCUCAAAAGAGAAAAAAAAGGUUGAUUUUGUUUGCAGGUGUGCUGCAGCUAUUGGAAUAUGGAUCAGUUAACCAUUGUUCUGGUUUACUGCUGCCUGUGUUUGAGAUCACGGGGUAGACAUUUUGGUUUAGAGGACACCUGGAGAUUUUCCCAUGAGGGAGCGAGAACAAACACGUGCACGUGCACGUGCACGCAGACAAAUCAACACUUUUAAUAUUUGAUAUUGUAAGAAUGAGUUUACUAUGAAUGCAAGCGCUGUGAAUAAAGAGAGCACUGGAUGAGUCAAAAUGAAUGCCUCCAGACCCGAGGUAAAAGAGGUUUUUCUUGUUCUUACAAGCUUUUAAUAUUACGAUGUACAAAUGAGUUUGAUUCACGUAGGGUGUGUCAUAACACUCUGACAGAGGUUAAUUUGUCAAUUUUGAAAUAAAGAUGACUGAAUGUACGCACUCAGAAUGCACCUGUGUCUGGGCGUGUCUCUCUGGUUGUGUUUGGGUGUGUUAUUGUGUGUCUGAGAGCGAAAAUGUGUCUUUCUAGGGUGGUUGUUUUGAGCUGAGUAUACACAGCCAUUGAAAACCCUGUUGUAUUCCCUAUCUGGAUCUAAAAUAUGAGUAGAGUGUGUAUGUUUUCACAGUAGUAACUCUAUAUUCAAGGAUGAAAUAUUGGCAUCAAUUAAAUACUAUUAAGGAGUUG